UGGAUAAACAAUGAGCGUGUUGUGCUUUCUUGGUGUUGGAGGCUGUCUGUCCUGUCAUGUGUCCUCCUCUCCUCAUGCUAGCUAACUGACUUCAGUUAGCUUGACGCGCUACGAUGUAGUGGAACGCACCCAUAACGGAAAACAAAUAAACUUAUGUCCUCAUUAUGGCAUGUUUGGGAAUCACACGGGCGUUCCUCACCUGCCUGGUCCUACGGCGAACCUGUGAAGCUCUCUGGUGUAACUGCACCACGGCCCGCUGUGAGAAGACGGGCUUCCGCUGCGAGACGGACGGGGCCUGCAUGGCCUCCACCUCCUCCAUCGAGGGCCACGAGCAGCACGUUCGUACGUGCAUCACCAGGGACAAACUGGAGCCUCCCGGGCAGCCUUUCUACUGCCUGAGCGCGCAGGGCCUGCUCAACAUCCACUGCUGCUACAGCGACUACUGCAACAGCAUCGACCUCCGAGUGCCCUCUGUGACCACCCGGCCGGGCCCCGAGGGAGGGUCGGGCCCAGGCGGCUCGUGGGGGCCGGCGCAUCUGGCCGCCGUGAUUGCGGGGCCGCUGCUCCCGCUUUGUCUGCUGCUGCUGGUGGGCGUCUGCUUGUGUCGGCGCCGGCGCCGGGCCUGCGGGCUCAGACAGAGGCUGGAGCUGGAAGAUCCCUCCUGUGACAACCUGUACAUGCCCAGCGACGGGACCCUGCAAGACCUCAUCUACGAUCUCUCCACGUCUGGUUCGGGCUCAGGUCUGCCUCUGUUUGUGCAAAGGACCGUCGCCAGAACCAUUGUCCUCCAAGACGUCAUCGGGAAGGGGCGCUUUGGCGAGGUGUGGCGAGGCCGCUGGAGGGGCGGCGACGUGGCGGUGAAAAUCUUCUCCUCGAGGGAAGAGCGCUCCUGGUUCCGCGAGGCGGAAAUCUACCAGACCAUCAUGAUACGACACGAGAACAUCCUGGGCUUCAUCGCCGCUGACAAUAAAGACAACGGCACAUGGACUCAGCUGUGGUUGGUGUCCGACUACCACGAGCACGGCUCCCUGUUUGACUACCUCAACCGCUACUCCGUCACGUGUGAGGGAAUGAUCAAACUGGCCCUGACAGCCGCCAGCGGCCUGGCACAUCUGCACAUGGAGAUCCUCGGGACACAAGGAAAGCCCGGCAUUGCACACCGAGACCUAAAGUCCAAGAACAUCCUGGUGAAGAAGAACUGCACCUGCGCCAUUGCGGACCUGGGUUUAGCUGUCCGUCACGACUCUAUCACAGACACCAUCGACAUGGCCCCCAACCAGAGAGUGGGAACCAAGAGGUACAUGGCUCCAGAGGUCCUGGAUGAGAGCAUCAACAUGAGGCACUUUGACUCCUUCAAGUGUGCCGACAUCUACGCUUUGGGGCUGGUCUACUGGGAGAUCGCGCGGCGCUGUAACAGCGGAGGAGGUGCCCAUGAGGAUUACCAGCUGCCCUACUACGACCUGGUGCCCUCCGACCCUUCGCUGGACGAGAUGAAAAAGGUGGUGUGCGACCAGAAGAUACGACCCAGCAUCUCAAACUGGUGGCAGAGCCAUGAGGCUCUGCGGGUUAUGGGCAAAAUAAUGAGAGAGUGCUGGUACGCCAACGGGGCAGCCCGCCUGACGGCCCUGCGCAUCAAGAAGACCCUUUCCCAGCUUGGUGUCAAGGAGGACAUUAAAGUCUGAGCUGGGGGGGCACCGAGGGUCACCUCCAGAACUGAGCCGAGCGCACAAGGAACACGUGCGAUGCUUUGCAAUUAUUAUUUGGAUUUUUUUAAGCCACUCCUGACAAACCCUACCUCGCUUACCCACAGUACUUUUUCCGUCUGCUUCCUCUCUACGAGCAUCCCCGGGGGGGGGGGGGGGUUCAAAAUGAUGACAGUGAAUGUAUCACACGACAGAAGUUUAUUAGCAGACAUCCUCACAUCACAGAUUCCUCGGAGGUUCCUCUACAAGAGUGAGGGAAGCGGCAACAACGAGGUGCUUUGAAAUCAAGCGAGAUGGUCGAGCUUUUGGACUGACGGCGGCAUGGAGCACUUUAGGCCUCAGGUGGCUUGCCCACAGGACACGCAUAGAGUAGUGUUGAUGUACCAUGCCCGGCCCACCACCACGUUCACAUGCAGUCAACAUUCCCCUUUCUGAAACAAUCGGAAUAGCCCGCUUACAUGCCGCAUGGAAAACAUCAUUCCCACUUCUUCCUGUGUCCAAAAACAACAACAGCGGCAAAGCGGAUAACGAACGCUUUGGUGCUGGUACCGACUGACCCACCACCAGGACUUGACGCUAUUGUCUCACUUUCUUCAUGAAAGGAAGGCGAGAACGUGAAGGAAGGGCAAAUGGAGCUUGCUCGUCCUGGAGGGGCUCAGAGUAGAGCCGCUGCUCCUUCACGUGGAGGAGCCAGUUGAGGAUGGAUGGCUGGAUGGGUUAUCGGUGUUCACAUGGCCGUGCGCAGGCGGGUCAUUGCCAACAUUGCGGUUGUUUGACUGCAUGUAAACGCACUACAUGUUUGUCACACGUCAAACAUGGAUCCCGAUGUUGUGGUCGGUGUUAUUCCAGCACAUGCUCGCGUCACGCACACUGGAACGUUACUUUCAAUUCUCUCAAAUGUUGUCGAUCUUCUUUCAGGUAACUGACGCACUUUUGUCUUUUAUGUGCUUUUAUUAUUUCGAUUUGUCUGCUGGGUGCGUUACUACUGAAAUGACUCGAGAAUCAUCCGGAAGCAAUGUUGACUUCUUUAUAUUUUUUAACAUGACACUGGUUACGCCCAUCCUGGAAAAGUACCCGUGAGAAGAAAUGCUUUUAACUUGAAGACUUGUGGCAAUAACGAAAGACGAGGUGUUUUAUUGUAUUUGCCUUAUAGUUCAUGUAAAUAUGCUCUGCCUUCUUCUGUGAAAUAUAAUGUGAGUCAAAACAGUUGCCUUCUGAUUUCAGCCCCCCCCACAUCCACGUGCACAUAUAACAGUAUUGCUGUUUCAUAGCAUGUUCUAAACAGGAAAUAUGUGUUCCUCUGCACACCCCACAAGAGAAAUGUGUUCCCUCGCUCCGUUGUGGUCCACCUUUCACAGACUUGCUGUUUCACGGAUUUUUUUGGGUGCAAUUUUAGUGCUUUUAAAAAACGUUUUACAGUGUGUGCCUGGCCCUUUAAGAAGAACUGCAUUGUGGGAAGUUAAGCGUUGGAGUUCGGUGCUUUAGCUCGAGGUGGCGUCUCUCUCUCGCUCUCUCGUCUGUCUGCACCGCCUAUUGUCUUCUGCGUCCUGAUUGGCUGUAGACCGUCAGUCAGGCACCUUCGUGCCUGUUGUGUUCAUCGCUAGCAAACAACCUGCAGUCUUCGUGUGUUUGCAAGUUUCUCCCCGACAAAACCCACAGUGUCGACGAGAUGUUCCGCGCCCAAAAGGCAGGGGAAGCCAACCGUCGCACAAAAAGUUGGGCUUGUGGACCUGCUGAAGGAAAGGACAAGUAACACGGCUGUAGGGCACCGUUACGCAAUCAAGGAGUCUUGGGUUGGAGGAGGAGGAAAAUCCGACGACAGCGCCGAUAUGUUUUAUUUAACAAGCAUAUAAAAACGCUUCAGCAGAACGGUGCCAGGACGCAGCGGUACGGUCAGAGGAGUCACUUUGUCAUUUCUUGGGUCCAACAUAGUAGGUUGGUCAUUAAAAUUCACACAAAAUUUGAACUUUAAGAGUUUAAACGAGAGAAAUGUGAGUAAAAAAUAAAAUAAAGAGUUGGCUACUUUGCAGAUUUCACUUAUUUAUUUUUUUAUCUAUGAUCUUGAACUUUUGAUCAGCUGAUGAACAGUCUAUUUCACUUGAAGGCUUCCUUUUUGU